GCAGCGCGCGAGCGGGCUCCGGACCGUUACGUGGCGGCAGUUGCGGCUGUUGGGCGGUGGACGCGGAGCGGAGCGGAGCGGGGCGGGCGAAGCUCCUGAACCUGACGAGGCGCCAUGCGUGAAUGCAUAUCUAUCCAUGUUGGUCAGGCUGGUGUUCAGAUUGGCAAUGCGUGCUGGGAAUUGUAUUGUCUUGAACAUGGGAUCCAGCCGGAUGGUCAGAUGCCCAGUGAUAAAACUAUUGGAGGUGGAGAUGAUUCAUUUAACACUUUCUUCAGUGAGACAGGAGCUGGUAAACAUGUUCCCAGAGCAGUGUUUGUGGACCUAGAGCCAACUGUAGUUGAUGAGGUACGCACAGGCACAUAUAGGCAGUUAUUCCACCCUGAGCAGCUCAUUACUGGGAAAGAAGAUGCAGCUAACAACUAUGCCAGAGGCCAUUACACGAUUGGAAAAGAGAUUGUUGAUCUAGUGCUAGACCGAAUUCGUAAACUGGCUGAUCUGUGCACCGGUCUACAAGGUUUCCUUAUCUUUCACAGCUUUGGAGGAGGCACUGGUUCAGGGUUUGCAUCUCUGCUCAUGGAAAGGCUCUCUGUUGACUAUGGCAAAAAAUCUAAACUGGAAUUUGCAAUUUAUCCAGCACCACAGGUUUCUACUGCUGUAGUGGAACCUUACAAUUCAAUUUUAACAACACACACAACACUGGAGCACUCAGACUGCGCCUUCAUGGUGGACAACGAGGCCAUCUACGACAUCUGCCGCCGCAACCUGGACAUCGAGCGGCCCACCUACACCAACCUCAAUCGACUAAUUGGGCAGAUUGUCUCCUCCAUCACAGCUUCACUGCGCUUUGAUGGAGCCCUCAACGUCGACCUGACUGAAUUCCAGACCAACCUGGUGCCCUACCCACGCAUCCACUUCCCCCUGGCCACCUAUGCCCCCGUCAUCUCUGCAGAGAAAGCCUACCAUGAGCAGCUGUCGGUGGCAGAGAUCACCAACGCGUGCUUUGAGCCAGCCAACCAGAUGGUAAAAUGCGACCCGCGUCACGGCAAAUAUGUGGCUUGCUUUAUGUUAUACAGAGGUGAUGUUGUCCCUAAAGAUGUCAAUGCAGCUAUCGCUACUAUCAAGACUAAACGUACCAUUCAGUUUGUGGAUUGGUGCCCAACUGGAUUCAAGGUGGGCAUCAACUACCAGCCUCCAACCGUGGUGCCCGGGGGGGACCUGGCCAAGGUGCAGCGGGCUGUGUGCAUGCUGAGCAACACCACGGCCAUCGCCGAGGCCUGGGCGCGCCUGGACCACAAGUUUGACCUGAUGUACGCCAAGCGAGCCUUUGUGCACUGGUACGUGGGUGAAGGCAUGGAGGAGGGGGAGUUCUCAGAGGCCCGGGAGGACCUGGCUGCCCUGGAGAAGGAUUAUGAGGAAGUUGGGAUAGACUCUGUAGAAGCAGAGGCUGAAGAGGAGGAUGAAUACUGAAAAUACUGAAGUAAUGAAAAGUGUGUUCUGUAACAGCAACAAAUGAAUUGCAGAAUCCUGUUCACUUGCUUGCCUGUUUUCAAAUGCAGUUUUAAAUGUUGUAUUCUUUGUUACUGUUGACACAUGCAGUUGCUGCGUAAGGACCAUUUGAAGUUACAGUUUUUGGUAGCAUCUAGUCUUGCACAACUGAAGAUUAAAUGACAAAAUUGUGCACGUGUCAGUAACACUGUACUCACCUAACUGUAGUGAGGGUAGGUGCCAUUACACUUUUGGUCUGAACUAGAAUAUUUGCUAAAAGCACCAAAAUUGCUACUUUAAAAAAAGAAAAAAAGAUGGGGAGACUCUGCAAGACAAAAAGUAACAUUUUCCAACCAGCAUGUCCCCCUGCACUCAGUUCCACUUUAGAUAGAAGGGAAAUAAAAUGUCACAUUACCUACUUUAAAACAGUCUUGUUUUGAAUUCCUGCGCUGACCUAUUAAAUACUAACAUCCUGUAGCGCACAACUCUGGGCACACUUUAAGCUUUGAUGAAUUAAUAAAAAAUUCCUUGACUUAU